UGAGCGCUCUGGACAUCGCUGCGUUCUAUGGCAAAGUGGAUGUACAUUGUAUUGAGAGUCCUGCUGGGAAACGGUGCCGAUGCCAAUGCCAAACACGUCAACAACUGGAAGACUGCUCUGCAUCAUGCCGCUGAGCCUUCACGGCGAGGCUCCGACAAAGGGAAUGCUGUUCGUGUAUUGCUCGAAGCCGGGGCUGAUAUCGAAGCGAAGACGAAAGACUGUUCCUCGACACCCGUUCACUUGAGCGCUUGUUCGAGGUCUUCAACAAGUGGUGCGAUCCUUGCGCUGCUGGAGGGAGGGGCAGACGUCAACGCGGAGGAAGUAGACCGCUGCCCACCCUUGCACCUCGCUUGCGCCAAAUCCAGUGUUCCUGCUGUGGAGCUUCUUUUGCGAUGGGGAGCAAAUGAGAAGCUCGUGGACAGCUUGGGGCAGACGGCGGCAGACACACUGGGGUCAUAGGAUCCACAGGAUGACGAUGAUAGUGACAACAACAGCAUCGACGAUGGUAGCAUCGAUGAACAACUUAAGGCAGAUGGAAAGCGCAUUCGCCAAAUGCUGGCACGCGCUUUGGCGGAUAGAUCGUGGCGUCAUCGAGGCUGGUUGGUCGUGUGCCGCUCCUGCCCGACAAAGGUGCAGAUUUCUGGGGGUAGCAGCAGCUGUGGCAGAACCGCCAAAGCAGCGAAGGCUAGCGACGAGGACUCGGGCGAUGGUGGCACGGAGCAACAAGUUGAAGCGAGGAUCGACUUCGGGCAGUAGACGGAAUAGUCGGACUGGAGGCUGACAGCGUGUUCCGCUUGGUGGUGGGCUUUGUUUGAGGUACGACAAAGGGAGAGAGAGGGAGAGAAAGAGA